GGAGGGAAAGAGGAAAAAGAGGAGGAGAAGAAGGUGGAGGAAGGAAAAGAGGCAGGGGAGGGAGAAAGAAAAUGAAAAAGGAGGGAGGAGUGGGCGGUGACAGAGGGAGGGAAAGAGAGGAGUGCCGCGAAGCAAGCAUGAGGUUUUCACUUUCCAUUCUCCCCUCAGCAGCAGUCAGAUGAGUCCUUGCAGAGAUACAAGAGAAGUGCCUUCUUUCGGUGACCCCUGUGGCUGUUUGGCUCUACUGAAGCCGCCUCUGCCUCUGUGCCUGUCCAUGUCUGCCAGAGUUCCAAGCCACACCUGAAGCCCCCAGGACUGCCAGCCCCCGUCCUCUGAGCCAUUCUCCACCCCACUCCAUCUUCCCUCCAUCUCCAUCUGCCAGUCAGACCUCUCUCCAUCUAUGCCACUCAGCCCUCCUCUGUGGAAGUCAACCACUCCCUCUCAAUCUCCAAACAGAGCCUGAUACUGAAGACACACAGCUUUUAUCGGCUCCUGUGAGCGGAAGAUCGUCUCUUUGCCGUCCUGUCCACCACAGCCUUUUUCCCCCUCAUCCUCCUCCUUCUGUUCAUAUUUCUCCUCCUUUCUCCUUUCCUCCAGCCCUGCAUCUUUUCAUCAUGGGCCAGGUCGAUUGAAAACGUGUUUUGCCAUUCUUUUCAUCUGAGAGUUCAGCCGAGGAGCAAGGCAAUAGGCAAAACUUGUGUGUGUGGGUGUAUUUGAGAGAGAGAACGAGAGUGAUUACAAAGCAAACCCCUGUGGCCGUCACCAGCCCAGGACCUGGGUGACAGACGGUGGAGGACUCCUAUUACAGCCGCAAACAGACUCUUAGGAUGGGCUGCUGUUAGGCGAGUCCCAGGCCUCGCAGGCUUUACCUCAGAAUCAGACCCUGGGGAUAAAACCUCUUAUAAAUAGAUUUUUCCCAUGUCCCUAACCUAUUCUUUAUCAUCAUUUGCCCCAGUGUCAUUAGAAACACGUAACUGCAUUUGCUGGAUAUCUAUUCCUCUUAAUCGAGCCCUGCUGCCCGAUUCGAAAUGGCGUUGAACAUGACACAGAUCCGGGACACAAAGUGGCUGACUUUGGAGGUCUGUCGGGAAUUCCAGAGAGGAACGUGUUCACGACCGGACAGCGAGUGCAAGUUCGCCCACCCUGCCAAGAGCUGUCAAGUGGAAAACGGCAGAGUCAUUGCCUGCUUUGACUCACUCAAGGGUCGUUGUUCCAGGGAGAACUGUAAGUACCUGCACCCACCUCCCCACCUAAAGACCCAGCUGGAGAUCAAUGGAAGGAACAACCUCAUCCAGCAGAAAAACAUGGCCAUGCUGGCCCAGCAGAUGCAUCUCGCCAACGCCAUGAUGCCCGGCACACAGCUACAGCCAGUGCCCAUGUUUUCAGUCACACCCGGCCUUGCAACCAAUGUCAAUGCUGCUGCGGCAGCGGCUGCUGCGUUUAACCCCUACCUUGGCCCUGUGUCGCCCGGCCUGAUGCCUGCUGACAUGUUGCCCAGUGGCCCCGUACUGGUCACCAGCAACCCCAAUGUCCCUGUACCAGCUGCUGCUGCUGCUGCUGCACAGAAACUCAUGAGGACAGACAGACUGGAGGUGUGUCGGGAAUACCAGCGAGGUAACUGCACACGUGGGGAGAACGACUGUCGCUUUGCCCACCCUUCAGACAGCACUAUGAUUGACACCAAUGACAACACUGUCACUGUGUGUAUGGACUACAUUAAGGGCCGCUGCUCGAGGGAGAAGUGCAAAUACUUUCACCCUCCGGCUCACCUGCAGGCCAAGAUCAAAGCUACCCAACACCAAGUCAACCAGGCGGCAGCUGCUGCAGCCAUGACUCAGUCGGCUGUCAAAUCACUGAAGCGACCCCUCGACGCAACUUUUGACGUGGGGCUCCCUUCCGUCUUGCCUCCUUUACCAAAGAGACCUGCACUUGAAAAAGCCAACGGUGCCACCACAAUGUUCAAUGCUGGUGUGUUUCAGUACCAACAGGCCCUGGCCAACAUGCAGUUUCAGCAGCAGGCUGCCUUCAUACCAUCAGGCUCGAUAUUGUGCAUGACACCUGCAACAAGUGUUGUACCCAUGAUGCACGGUGCUAAUGUGUCUGCAGCCACCACAUCUGCAAGUGUUCCCUUUGCAACUGCAACAGCCAAUCAGAUUCCUAUGAUAUCUGCAGACCAUCUGACUAGUCACAAGUAUGUGACCCAGAUGUAGGAGUCUCAAUCAGAACAAUGGAACUGGAGCGUGCUGGUGUUGAGUCUAAGAUUAGCGGUCACCAUUCAUGCCUGUAACAUCACGAGCAAAAAGGAUAACCAAAUGGAUCGGUUUGGGAUAAAACUGCAUGUUAACAUAGGAGGCCCAGUUUGUCAGGAUUGUUUUCAUGUGUUCUUCACGCACACUAUAACACAACAACAGAAAAGAACAUCAUUUGCAUUAAAGACUGCCUUUUACUCUGUGGAGGCCAUUUACCUUUAUACACCGGAUACACUUUGAAUGUUAACGUGAGGUAAACGAGUGGAGCAGUCGUCUAAAAAAACGAAUCGACUGGAUUGGUACGUCCAUUGAUCAAGAAUCAUGACUUGUGCUGUGAGUUUGUUUAUUGGUUGGUGGUCUUUGAGCAUAAUGUGUUCAUUUGUUUACACAAAGGUGCACCUUGUAUUUCAUUUGAGGUGAACGAAUGAUCUGACUGAAUCACAUAUGCAUGCACAAAGAUUUGGUUUAUGUUUUUAUUUUGUUGAACCAGUAAUAAGGGAAAUCUUGUGAGUGCACUCAGAGGCAAAAUAGCAACUGAAUGUCUGUGAGGUGUCUUUCAAACCUUUGUAGCCUACCUUUCUAUCUCUGAAGCACAUGUCUUUAACCUUACAGGCAUUUCUGUAAAGUGCCAUACAUCUCAAUCAUCAUCUGAAUUGUAUUAAAGCAGUUCUACAAAGUGUUAAACUCAACAAAUCCCUUUAAUAUUUAAAUCAAUUUAAUAAUCUAUUUUCUUUCUUGGACAGCAUGUAGUGUCCAAUGUUGUGACCUGUCAUUACCUGUGAUCCCUAAUAGCACCACUGCUGAUUAGAUUACCUUCCCAAGAUUGUCUUCUUUAAUCAAAUCUGCUGAAUGAAUCACUUUUUGUUAUUUUCUUCUCAAUUGUUUAGACAGGAAACAACUGGAUUUAUGCUAGGAUUGGGAAGAUCCAGGAUUUAGCCAAACAAUUUGAACAUCAACAUCUUCUCAGUCCCUGCCCCCCUUUCUGCUAAAUUCCAAAAUGGUCUCCUAAACCCUUCCUUCUACAAGGGAGAAUGAAUGCGUGUGCAUGAGCAGAGAUUGACACGCAGUUAGACACCCCCCCACCCUCCCAUGGCCCUGAUUGGUGCAUCUGAACAGGAAGCAGUGGACUUUUGCAAAUCGCACUACAGGCUGUAGCUGGUGCCAGAGGAGCCGGAUUAGUUUUUUGUUUAAUUACCUGCUUCAUGUAGUUCCACUUAAACAUAGUCUCAGUUUCAGCAAAUAUGACAGUUAGUUUUAUGAGUCUUACCUAUUGCGUCUUUAAGUCUUUUGACUCCAAAAGUCAGAUGAGUUGUAUUGGAGGCGUUGGCAUGUACAAGUGACCAAAGACUCUGCUCAUGAUGAUAUUUUAAUGAAUAGCUUUGAAACAACAGGGCGAUCAGUUGGUAUCCAAACUGCUGUGAGACAGAAUCGACGGUGCAACUGGUGACAGAUUUGUAUGAUUGAUUUAUUCUUCAUUUGAAUGGUUAUGCAUAUUUUAGAGCAGAUUGUCAAACUAGAUUCAGUGUUGUGUGUAUAUAUAGUCUGACUUAUUUAAGAAUAUUUGUUAAGUACGUCUAUUUGAGAGCUGUUUUUUCGGAUAGUCAGCCAAAGUCUUUUUGUGUCACUGUUACUAGAAAUUGUGGGUAGACUAGUGGGACUACAUUUCUAAAAUGUGUGGGUUGUAAAAGCGGCGGCAAAGUCGGAUCGGGUGUAUAGAGUAGAUCUCUAGAAUACUUUGUCUUUUUUGUGCUCUGGGUGUUCUUCAGGCAUAUUUCAUUGGUGGAUAGUACGGGGAAAGUGGCAAAAAUAAACGAUUGUAUUACUCAUCCAAAGCCUUAGAAUGAACCAUCGGGUCAGCACAAAGCAACAUGCCAUUUUGAACCAUCCAGUUGCCUAAUCCACACCAUAUUAACACACACAGAGCACUAUGUAAAUGUCACUUUUUUGUCAGUGUUUUCUUAACUUUCUUGUGUUUUUUUUGUUUUAGAUGAGGAGUGUUUUACUUGAUUUUGUCUGGAUAUUUUGAUAUUUAGUUUGGAUUUUGAGUUUUGCUCAUUAUAUUUAUAGUUCUUAUAAUGAAUAUAAGGUUUUAAAAAAAAGGAUGUGUUUGUGUGUUCCUCAUGCACAGUUUCCUGAAAUUCCAUGUAAUGUUGAUUUUAAUAUGAUUAUGAUUGUAAACUCAAUAUUUUCUACGUUAUGCAUAUUGUUGAACUGUAUGCAUAUUGUUCAUUUCUCUAGUCCUUUUGUGUUCUUUGAACAAAGAUGUUUUAUAUGAGUAUCUAACAGUGAUGAAAUUAUAGAACAGAGAGGCUAAGUUGUCACUGUGGCAACCGUCGCCAAUAACCGAGUAAUAUUUUAACGAUUGUAAGGUUUGUAUCUAGUCAUAUAAGAUGAAAAAAAAGUCUAUUAUAAAUUCUUAGAUGUUUAGACUAAAGAUGUUAUUUUCUACUGUAUCCAUUUCAAAUAGUAACUAUUGUUUUAGUAUUUUUACUCUCCCUGGAAAUUGGGCCAUGUUGGAAAACAAGCUGCAUAUUUGAUCACUUUUUGGGGGCGUUGCUGGCGGGGUCACGUGAACGUGGCGAGUGGGGAACUGAGUCUGCACACUCAUGUCUUACUUAGCCAACUGCAAACAACAUGGGUGGGGAGGGGAAUGUUGAGGCGAUAAAGGUGAUAAAGGUUGACUUUUUUGCACUUCUGUACAUAGUCAAAAAAGAGAGAAUCAUGUAUAUUGAGAUCUUAUUUUGAAUAAUAAAAAAAAGUGUCUGUAAUGACAAGGAAUUUUGCUAGGAUAACAAAACAAAAAAAAUCUUAUGAAAGGCUGAACAAAAUUGCUUGCAUUAAAAGGGCACUGAGUUCUCACUCUCCGACCUGUUUCAGAAAAGGCCAAGUGUUGCUCUUCUUUUUUGUCAGCAGCUUGUAGUUUGCCAGGUAACCUUCUGGAGGAGGCGUCCACUAGCCUCCAGCGUAAGAGCCUGACUGGGUUUGUCUGGUCCCCUAACCCUGCCUGUAUUGACAGGUCUGUGUGUCAUGGCCGCGCCCUCCCAGGCCCAACCAAUCACAACUCGUCCUGUCUCCUUCCUCCACGCAGAGAAGAAUGCAUGUUAAAGGAAAUACAUAUACAGUUUAAAAAAAAAAAAACAUCACGACAGUAAUAUUGAAUAAGAAAACAUGUUACACAGAAAGAUGUAUUUACAGUAUACAAUAUUCUAUCAAUGUAAUGGAAUAAAACAUAUAUAAAAUACAAAAAUAGAAUAGUGUUUAUUUAAAAAAAAGAGAGAUUCCUGAGAAUAUACUCACUAAAGUUUUACCACUUGGAGAGUACAUGCAACACAAACACCAUAGCUAUAAGUAUGUUCUUUAUGUUUAUGUAAGCUGUGCUUAUGGUAGAUGAAACUGACCAAACAGGAAUGUAAUUCAACAUCAGGCAGAAUCUAGGAAUCAUUUCAGAUUGAAACACUGUUUUGUGGUUUGGUCAUUGAAUUGGUUAUUUGAAAUUGUGUCCUGAUCAUUUUUGUCAUCUCUCAUCUCCUACAAGCACGCAUGCUUACGUUUAUGAUAUAAUGAAAGCGUUUCUUGUUUGUUUUCUCUGCUCGUAGUGCUAAUAUGAUGUAUUCUGUCUUCUGCUGCAGUUUGUUUUUGCUUGUUUUACUGCUCCGGGCCCCCUGAAAGGAUGUGUCAUGUUUGCAUACUGGCCACCUCUGGAAUGCACCUGUAGUGAAAACCUCGGAUUGUUAAAGUCUAAAGCCAUACAAUAUAAUCUCAUCAGACUGAAAGGUGUGCAAAGAAACCAGAAAUGAAAUAGAGGUGGGAAACUGUACCCUAUAGGAUUGGUUUGCUGUGGAUGUAUUAACUACAACAUCAUGUCAUAAUUGAAGUCAUGAAUGUAGCUAAUAAAACCUGAGCUGUGAUGUGCCAACGUUGAUGGAUUAGUGUGGUUAAGGGAAUAUUGUUCUUGGCACAUUUCUCUUCAUGGGGCCUGCAUUGCUAUAUUUGAUUAUUGCUGUUAUGAAUAAAAAAUGUAAUAAAAAUGUACAAAUGAA